GCUCAAACGCUUAAUUUUCCUUUCAUUUCAAUUUUCUACUCUCUUAUAAUUCGCCCCUGAAACGUUCACCCAACUCCUUCUCAGGUCUCACCUCAUUCUUUCCUCUCCUUCUCCCUCUCCACUCUAUACUCUGCAGCCACCAUAACAGACAAUAACAGCUAUGCUUCUCUUUCUACUUCCUUUCCUUUUCCUGCUCUCUCCUUCCCCCUCCUUUUCUCUCAACCAAGAAGGUCUCUACCUCCACCAAGUCAAGCUCUCUCUCUCUGACCCUGACUCCACCCUCUCCUCCUGGUCCGACCGCGACACCACCCCUUGUUCAUGGUUCGGCGUCAGCUGCGACCCUAAAACCAACUCCGUCACUUCCAUCGACCUUUCCAACUCCAACAUAGGCGGCCCAUUUCCUUCACUCCUCUGCCGCCUCCAGAACCUCACUUCCAUUUCCUUCUACAAUAACUCCGUUAAUGAUAAUCUCCCUCUUGACAUUUCCUCCUGCCAGCAUCUACAACACCUCGAUCUCGCUCAGAAUUACCUUACUGGUACGCUCCCCCAUACCUUAGCUGACCUCCCCAACCUCAGGUACCUUGACCUCACCGGUAACAACUUCUCCGGAGAUAUUCCUGAGUCUUUUGGUCGCUUUCAAAAACUGGAGGCUAUUUCUCUCGUCUAUAAUCUGUUUGAUGGGAUAAUACCUGCAUUUUUGGGCAACAUUACUACUCUAAAGAUGCUGAAUUUGUCUUACAAUCCUUUUUCUCCGGGUCGGAUCCCCCCGGAGCUUGGGAACUUGACCAACCUGGAGAUUUUGUGGCUCACUGAAUGUAAUUUAGUGGGUGAAAUUCCUGACUCUCUAGGUCGACUCAAGAACCUCAAGGAUUUGGACGUUGCAGUUAAUAAUUUAGUCGGCAACAUCCCGAUUUCACUCACUGAGUUGACUAGCGUGUUUCAAAUCGAGCUCUAUAACAACUCGCUGACUGGUGAGUUGCCACGAGGCUUGGGAAAUUUGACAUCAUUGAGACUGCUUGAUGCGUCUAUGAACGACUUGACUGGGCCGAUUCCUGACGAGUUAUGCCGGUUACCAUUAGAGAGUCUCAAUCUCUACGAGAAUCAAUUCGAAGGGAAUUUGCCUGCAAGCAUUGCGAACUCGCCGCGAUUAUACGAACUCAGGCUGUUUCGUAACAGACUCACCGGCGAGUUGCCCCAAAAUCUUGGCAAAAACUCACCGCUGAGAUGGCUUGACGUGUCAAGCAACAAAUUCACCGGCGAAAUCCCUGCGACUUUGUGUGCGAAGGGCGAGUUAGAGGAGAUGCUAAUGAUAUACAAUUCAUUUUCGGGUCAAAUACCUCAAAGUUUAAGUGACUGCCAGAGCUUGGCCCGAGUCCGCUUAGGGCACAACCAGCUGUCCGGUGAAGUGCCAUCUGGGUUCUGGGGCCUGCCUCAUGUGUACCUUGUUGAGCUUGUUAACAAUUCAUUCUCCGGUCCAAUUGCUAAGACCAUAGCAAGUGCAGCAAAUUUGUCACUCUUGAUUUUAGAUAAUAAUCUUUUCAAUGGAAGCAUACCAGAGGAGAUUGGCUGGUUAGAGAAUCUUGGAUCUUUCUCUGGAAGUGAAAAUGAAUUCAGUGGACCGUUGCCCGUGAGUAUAGUAAAUCUGAAGCAGCUAGGAAGCCUGGAUCUUCAUGGUAAUUUGCUUUCUGGUGAGCUGCCAUCCGGGAUUGAUUCAUGGAAGAAAAUGAAUGAGCUCAAUUUGGCUAAUAACGAGUUUUCGGGUCAGAUUCCGGAGGGAAUUGGAAAGCUGCCUGUGCUUAAUUAUCUUGAUUUGUCUAGCAACCGGUUUUCUGGGAAAAUCCCACUUAGCUUGCAGAACUUAAAGUUGAAUCAGCUCAAUCUAUCAUACAACAGGUUAUCUGGGGAGAUUCCACCUUUGUUUGCCAAGGAAAUGUACAGAAGUAGCUUUCUUGGGAAUCCUGGCUUAUGUGGAGAUAUUGAAGGUCUAUGCGAUGGGAGAGGUAAAGGGAAAGGCGAAGGUGGUGCCUGGCUGCUGAAGUCCAUUUUUAUACUUGCUGCUCUUGUUCUUGUUAUUGGUGUGGUUUGGUUCUAUUUCAAGUACAGGACUUUCAAGAACGCAAGAGCUAUUGACAAGUCAAAAUGGAUAUUAAUGUCGUUUCACAAAUUGGGUUUUAGUGAAUACGAGAUCUUGGCAUCUCUUGAUGAGGAUAACGUAAUAGGAAGCGGGUCGUCAGGGAAAGUCUACAAGGUUGUGCUUAGCAAUGGCGAAGCAGUUGCGGUGAAGAAGCUCUGGGGAGGGGUCAAAAAGGAGGGUGAUGAAAGCGACGUUGAGAAAGGUCAGUUCCAGGACGAUGGGUUUGAGGCAGAGGUUGAGACUUUGGGUAAGAUUAGGCACAAGAACAUUGUUAAGCUAUGGUGUUGCUGCACCACUAGAGACUGUAAACUUUUGGUAUACGAGUACAUGCCUAACGGUAGCUUGGGUGACUUGUUGCAUGGUAGUAAGGGAGGUUUGCUAGAUUGGCCAACAAGGUAUAAGAUCCUUUUAGAUGCAGCUGAGGGGCUUUCCUAUUUGCAUCACGAUUGUGUACCUCCAAUUGUGCAUAGAGAUGUUAAGUCCAACAAUAUUUUGUUGGAUGGGGAUUUCGGAGCUCGGGUGGCUGAUUUUGGUGUAGCCAAGGUGGUUGAUUCCACCACCGGAAAGCCUAAGUCCAUGUCUAUCAUUGCAGGGUCUUGUGGUUACAUUGCUCCAGAGUAUGCUUACACACUUCGAGUGAAUGAGAAGAGUGAUAUCUACAGCUUUGGUGUGGUUAUUCUGGAGUUGGUCACAAGGAAACUUCCGGUUGAUCCAGAGUUAGGCGAGAAGGACUUGGUGAAGUGGGUAUGCACCACUCUAGAUCAGAAAGGAGUGGACCAUGUUAUUGAUCCCAAAUUGGAUUCUUGUUUCAAGGAAGAGAUAUGCAAGGUCCUCAACAUUGGCAUUCACUGUACUAGUCCUCUACCCGUCAACCGUCCGUCCAUGAGAAGGGUGGUAAAAAUGCUGCAAGAAGUUGUGCCAGAGAACAUGCCCAAGACUGCUAAAAAAGAUGGGAAAUUGACACCCUAUUACUAUGAAGAUGCUUCAGAUCAUGGAAAUGAAGCUUGAGAAUUACAAUAAAUUAAAUUUUCCUUUCCAACUUGGGAUUUUGAAGGAGCUAACACACGAUAAGCUCCAGUUUUCUUGUUCUAGGGCCAACUUCCCAGUUUGCUUUACAAAAAGAGGGAAGGUAAAAGGAGUUAAAAAAACAGAGGAAAGAGAGAAUGAAAAUGAAAUGCAAGCAAUUUGUUAAGUUAUUAAUGAGAUGUUAAAUUCUUGUCACUGUAAAGUAACUAACUAUUCCUGAAUUUGUCCUUUAAAUGGGGUCCUGCCCCGCAUUAAAAUUUUAUUUGUUGAGAGUGA